ACUCAGUUCAAAACUUCAAUCAAAACUUAUAUUCUGACCCCACCAUAUCUCUCUUUCUUACUUACACGCACACACACUCUCCGCCAUCCUACUCACCGGAAAACCCCCUCCUCCGACAUAUCUCCGCCGUAAACUUUCCACAAAUCUUUAACCAUUAAAAUCCCAUCUUUCUCUCUCAUUUUCACUCCAUUUCGAAAACCCUUUAAAACCCACAAUUUUUUAAUAAAACCCAUCUCCAAAGUCACAUAAAGUUCACAUCUUUAUAUACCAUAUAUAAACUCAUCACAUAUGCAUUCAUGAGUUGGGUUUUUUCCAAGAUUCUUAUAAGGGGUGUUGUAAUUAGUGAAUGGGUUGUUUUAUAUCAAGUCUUGUUGCAAAAUUUGCAUUUUUUCCACCAUCUCCACCAACUUAUGAAAUCAAGAAACUUGAUGAUGGAAAAGCAUUUGCUGUUUACUCACCUUCCAACAUUCCUCUCACCGGAGAAGACUCCGGCACCGGCGGUGGCGGUGGCUGUUUAGUUGAUGUGUUGUCAUUAAAGACUAAAAGAGGGAAUAAGAUUGUAGCUUUUUAUUUGAAGAACCCAUAUGCAAGACUUACAUUACUAUACUCUCAUGGUAAUGCAGCUGAUUUGGGUCAACUCUUUGACCUUUUUGUUCAACUCAAAGCUAAUCUCAGGGUCAAUAUAAUGGGGUAUGAUUACUCCGGCUAUGGGGCGUCUACCGGCAAGCCAAGUGAGCUUAAUACAUACGCUGACAUAGAGGCAGUAUAUGAAUGUCUGGAGACAGAGUAUGGAGUUAGCCAAGAAGACUUGAUAUUGUAUGGACAGUCAGUUGGAAGUGGUCCUACAUUGCACUUGGCUGCUAAGCUGCCAAGGUUAAGAGGUGUAGUUCUUCACAGUGGCAUUCUUUCUGGUCUUCGUGUCGUCUGUCACAUGAAGUGCACACUUUGCUUCGAUAUAUACAAGAAUGUUAACAAAAUCCGGAAGGUGAAAUGCCCCACGCUCGUGAUUCAUGGGACCGAAGAUGAUGUAGUGAAUUGGCUACAUGGUAAUGGACUAUGGAAAAUGGCCAAGGACCCAUAUGAACCCUUAUGGAUCAAAGGAGGUGGCCACUGUAACCUAGAACUUUACCCUGAAUACAUCCGUCAUCUUUCCCGGUUCAUCCAUGAAAUGGAAACCAUGACCACCAAGACCCGUCUUUCAAAGAUCAAGCCCACCCUCCGCUUACCUAACAAGUCCAAGUCUAAGUCAAAUCCUGAUAAUUCAUCAACUUCUACAAAAACAUGUACUUGCUGUUGUAUAAAACUCAUGGUGACCAAAUGUUUUAAAUGUCCAAGACCUCACUGCCCGAAAUGCAUCAAUUGUUUCAAACAGAGCUGCUGCUUACUGAACUGGAAUUGUGGGUGUUGCUGGUGGCGGAAACCUAAAUGUCCAAAUGUGAAGUUACCAAAAUGUCCAUCUUGUUUGAGAUGUCGAUGCUUCACGUGUUCAUGCAAUUGCGUAAGUUGUUCAUGUUGGUGAUAUAGUUUUCGUUGUGGUGGCAGGGGGGUAUACAUGCCAAGGAGUAAAACACUCUGAUUGUAAUUUAACUUUUUGUAUAGAGUUGCUGGCGGUUUAACAAGUACCUCAAAAUGGCACAACCAUAAGGAACUUUAGUUUUCUUGUGAUUUUAUGAUUCAGGAAUGAGUUAUUUGGCAAAAUUGUAAGCCGUUCGGAACAUUUGUAAUCUGUAUCUGGAAGCAUUUUUAUACCUCUAUUAUUUUCGGUA